AUGGCGUCCCUGAGAGCCAAAUUGAGGUUUGUGGUCACUGCGGGUGUUGGAUUCUUCGCGGAUGGCUAUCUUAACCUAACAAUCGGACUUGUGGUACCAAUUCUGGGUUACUUAUACUUCCAAGAUGGAAAGGUACCGACAGUCGACAGCGACAUUAUUAAAGGUGGCCUGAGCCUGGGCAUGGUUGUUGGCCAGCUUCUGUUUGGGGUUAUGAGUGAUGUUUGGGGUCGCCACACAAUUUAUGGCAAAGAACUCUUACUCACUAUAUUUGGAACCCUCAUGGUGAUCUUGUUGCCCUGGAACCGGAUGUCGGCCCAGUCUGUGACGGCAUGGAUUGCAGUGUUUCGUGUUGUAACCGGGGUAGGCAUUGGGGCUGCAGAAAAGUCACCAUUUGGCUCCCGUGCUAUCCAAGUGUUGACUGUCUUCUCGAAUAUUGGCCUCGGUAAUAUUGCAGCCAGCAUCGUGUUUCUGAUCUUGCUCAAGGCAUUUGAGGGGUCUAUAGCUGACAACCUGAGCCAUCUCGAAUGGGUCUGGCGCCUGCUAUUGGGUAUUGGAAUUGUGCCAGCGGUGUUCACUCUUUAUGCCCGGUUGACAAUCACGGAGACACUGCCCUACAAGCAAUAUGUCUGCGAUGACGCUGCUGGGCAGAAGCGCACGUUCAAGAAGCAGUGGGAAGACUUUUGCCAAUACUUCAGUCACUGGAAACAUGCAAAAGUGCUGUUUGCAACGGCAGCCUCCUGGUUCUUCGACAUCGCAUAUUAUGGUAUCAAUCUCAACCAAAGCAUUAUACUGGCAAGAAUCGGUUAUGCAAGUGGAACAACACCGUGGAAGACGCUAUACAACACUGCUGUGGGUAAUAUCAUCAUACAGGCAGCAGGCUAUCUCCCCGGAUUCUACGUCGGCAUCUUCCUCCCUGAUCGUAUAGGUCGUGUACGUCAACAAUUCUGGACUAGUAUUAUGGUGUGCAUCCUUUAUGCCAUAUGGGCUGGAAUCAGCACACAGAGCGCACACACCCCGACAGCUGGCUUGAUGACUAUCUUUGCCUUAUCGCAGUUUUUGCUGACCGUUGGUCCCAAUUGCACGACAUUCCUGAUCCCCGCAGAAGUGUUCCCAACGCGUGUUCGAGGCACUGCACAUGGAAUAUCUGCUGCUGCCGGAAAAUGCGGCGCAAUGUUAACUGCAUUUGGUUUCGGUACUGUUGAAGAUGCAAUCGGCUUGGAGGGUGUGCUUGGUUUGUUCUCGGGGAUCAUGCUGCUCACUGCUCUUGUGACCUUGCUGAUACCUGAGACCAAGAAUUAUACUCUUGAAGGCAUUGAAAACGCUAAUCUCCCGAGAAGAACUUCUGAUAUGGCGGACCGUUUUCACUCCCGCGAAGGGUCAGACACUUCCCUCAACAAUGCGUCCAUUGCUUCCCCGCGAUCCAGCACUGAAUCCCGGUCUUCCUCUACACGAAACCCACUCCGCGUUUCAGCAAACCACCAGCACAGACAGAGCUUGAGCGAGUCACUUCGCGGCCCGCCCGGUUCUCCCCGCUCACGUCGGCAGCCAUCCCUCCCACAGUCUGCCAUCCAGAGCCUCAUCGACAAUCCCCCGCCACCGAAAUCUAACGACCCUGCCUUUGUUGGUCGUGAUUGGAGAGAGAUCUCAAUUGGCGAGCUGGUCAGCCCGGAUGACCUGAAGUUUGUCGAGCUUGAUACGGGCAUCGAAGAGGCAACUAACAUCUUGAUCGAUUCAGGUGCAGCUGUGCUGUUGAUCCGCGAGACCCCUGAAGCCACUUCCGCCGUCGCCACAUUCGACUAUGCCGAUCUCAACUCCUAUCUCCUGCUGGCAGCGGGCCUGACACACCCUGACGAAGCGCAUCAAGCGUUUUAUGAAGAACUAGCCAAGAAAGCUCACGACGGCGUACCUAUUCCGCUGAGAGAUGUGAAGAAGUUUGGCAUGGAGAAGGAGCCCCUGAUCACCCUGCCAGCAUCGGCCAAUGUCUUGACUGCAGUUGAGAUCUUUGGCGGUGGUGUGCACCGGGUUGUGGUGGUCAAUGAGUCAGAUGAUCAAGAAGUGGUCGGAAUCUUCAGCCAGUUUCGACUGGUCAAAUUCCUCUGGGAAAAUGGCCGCAGCUUUCCGGUCAUUGAAGAGCUCUACCCGAAGGCUCUGCGUGAGCUGGUGAUUGGAUCUCAAGAGGUGAUUUCCAUCAAUGGUGAUAAACCCCUCUCUGAUGCUCUUCAUGUGAUGAACAACGAGGGUAUGUCCUCGAUCGCGGUUGUUGAUAGCUACUUAAACGUGCUUGGGAAUAUCUCCACAGCGGAUGUCAAGCUUUUGACCCGAUCAUCUUCAUUGCCACUUCUUCAAAACACCUGCACUCACUUCAUCUCAAUCAUUCUGUCUACACGGGGGUUGAUUGAGGGUAAAGACUCAUUCCCAGUCUUCCAUGUCAAUCCUGGAUCGACACUCGCUCACACAGUCGCAAAGCUCGUGGCAACUCGAUCUCAUCGGCUCUGGGUGACUGAUCCAUUAUCUCCAACCUCAUCAGGACCGCCAACCCCCUCACAGUCUUCAGUACAUCUCCCUCUUUCCAACAGCGUCAGCCCAGCUACCGGAUCGCACACCACAAAUUCUCCGCCACCAUCCCCUUCUGUACCCGUGACACCUUCUGCACAGCCCUCUCAGUAUACCGCCCCUCACCUACCAACUCCUAACCUACCCUACACAUGCCCAGGCCCAGGCGUGACGGUCCCAGUGCCAUCGCCCAUCUCGCAUUCCAUUCCCUCCUCCACCCUAGAUGGAGCACGACUGUCCGGGCGCUUAGCCGGAGUAGUCAGCUUGACUGACAUCCUGAACUUGCAUGCCCGAGCCAGCGGGCUGAACCCAGCUGAUCCCGCGGAGUCUCGUAGCCGCCGCCGACGCAGUAGUUCGUCGAGCCAGAGUGUCCGCCGCAGCGGUGACAUUGGCCGGGAGCUUUUCAGCCGUGGCGGUAUGUAA